UGGACCGCCCACCCCGUCUCAGUCUCCACCCCUGGGGACCUGCAUCCGCUGGCCGGGGCUCCUCCCCCUCUCUCCCCCCAAAAUCCCGCGCCGCUCACGGUUCCCCUGAGACUGGACUUCCUGCCAGGGCCAGCCCGCAAUGGAAGGGGAUGUCCCGGCCGCCACAGCUGCCUGCUACCAGCCGGCCAGCCUCCCGCGGGACGCCUGUGUCUACAACAGCUGCUACUGUGAAGAAAAUAUUUGGAAGUUGUGUGAAUACAUCAAAACCCACGACCAGUAUCCUUUAGAAGAAUGCUUUGCAGUCUUCAUAUCUAAUGAGAGGAAGAUGAUACCCAUCUGGAAACAACAGGCAAGACUUGGCGAUGGACCUGUGGUCUGGGAUUACCAUGUUAUUUUGCUUCAUGUUUCAAGUGGAGGGCAGAACUUCAUUUAUGAUUUCGACACUAUCCUGCCAUUUCCCUGUCCCUUUGACACCUAUGUGGAAGAUGCUUUUAAGUCUGAUGAAGACAUCCAUCCACAGUUUAGAAGGAAAUUUAGAGUGAUUCGUGCAGACUCCUACUUGAAAAACUUUGCCUCUGACCGAUCUCACAUGAAAGAUUCCAGUGGAAACUGGAGAGAACCGCCUCCAUCCUACCCCUGCAUUCAAACUGGAGAUUCCAAAAUGAACCUGAAUGAUUUUAUCAGUAUGGAUCCUGAGGUAGGAUGGGGAGCUGUCUACUCACUCUCUGAAUUUGUACAUCGAUUUGGCAGUCUAAACUACUGAACUUGACAUUUGAAUGUGGAACCAGGGAACUAUUCAAAGAUGUGAACUGACUGUCCCUUUAUUUGGACAGCAAACAGUAUGUUGCACUUAACUUACAAUUAUGUUCUACUCUUAAAUAUGUAGAGUUGAGACAUGAAUGAACACACAUGUUGACUGAAUAAAACCUUUUUUUUUCCUAGUAUGUCAAGUUGAAACUUGAUACAGUGUAUAUUUGCUAAGAGAGUCAAGUGGCCUGUUUGUUAAAACAUGUGAUGACUUACUCCAUUAACUGCUCUUUCAUGAGAUGUGAAUUUUGUGUCUUGUUUUGGUUCUUUUAUUUUUUUGGCAACUGUUCUGUAAGCUCCUUGAGGGCAGGGGUAUGACUAAUUGCUCUGAGAACCUCUAAUGCCCGCAAAAGGGGCACAUAAAAUGUCUGCUGGUAAUCUACUGCUUGAAAAGAGCUAAUAUUGUGAGCUGAAUCAGCAAUUAGUAUUAGUCUUUUUGGACUAUUAUUAUGUUCAUAAAGAAAAAUGUAUUUGUUUUGGAGUUGAGUGUUACUUGGCUUGCUUAUAUAUGUUUUGAAAUAAAAUUCAUUUAAAAUUAA